UGUUAGUCGUAAUACAAUUCUUGACAACAAUGAAAGUGGUCGUCGUUUUUGUAAUUAUUCUAUUUUUUGAUAACAUUGUAGGUAACAAUGGAAGUGCAAACGAAGAGGUUAAAACUACGACAGAUUAUGAGUCCUACAUAGAUAUAUUGAGGAAAGACUUAUUAGCGUCCAGUUGGAUAGAGGAGGAAAAGCCCUGUCUGAAUGAAAUAUUGAAAAUAAUAGAUAAUGUUAAAAAUACAACGAUAUGGGCAACUUGGAUAUGGGAUAGUAUACAAUUACCAGUUGGACAACUGUAUGGUUCCAUAGAACAUUUCGGUAACUACGAUCAAUGUUUGAGCGAGACAGUUGGUGAUUCUUUAUUGCCGUUCCGAACACAAUACUGUAGGGCAAAUAUUACUUGGAGAUCUCCUAAGGACAACGAAAUAUAUGCUAAUAAAAUCGAUCCUUACUCUUCAGUGGACGAAUAUAUAAAAACAAGAACGUAUCUGAAUUUACGAUUCAACGAGUUAAGCUGGGGUAUUUGUGCACCAGAAAUCUGUCAAAGAAAAUCAUUGAAGACUUUUGUAUCUGCUCUAUUCAAACAAAGUCAUCUUUCAAAGUUGCAAACUGCAAUGGAGGUGACAAUAUAUAACUGUGAACCUGCAGGGGAAGUGAACAAGCACGUGAAUGGACAUUAUUACUUGAUGUAA